UUCAGUCCACAUCAGUCAGCCUCUACUCUCCAGGACAGGCAGAUCGCUGAGCAAACUUCAACAAUGGCAAACUUCGCAUCCUUCUCCAGACAGUCCUUCAGCGGUGGAGGCAGCAUCAAGACCGGUGGGCGCCAGUACUCCCACAGUGUCAUCGGUGGGGGCGGUGGUCAGAGGAUGUCAAUAGCCUCUCGCAACUUCUCCUCUGGAAGUGGUUCUGCGUAUGGCGGGGGUUUUGGUUAUGGAAACGCCAUGGGUGGUGGUUUUGGAGACGACCUUUCAAUCACUACCAGUGAGAAAAUGACCAUGCAGAACCUGAACGACCGUCUGGCCACCUACCUGAACAAAGUGCGCCAGCUAGAGGCUGCCAAUACUGAUCUGGAGCUCAAGAUCCGCCAGUUCUUGGAGAGUAGAGUCUCUCCUGUUGGACGAGACUACUCUGCAUUCUAUGCUACCAUCGCUGAUCUGCAGGGAAAGAUCCAGGAUGCCACUCGUAUCAACGGAGGCAUUUAUUUGUCCAUUGACAAUGCAAAGCUGGCUGCAGACGACUUCAAAACUAAAUAUGAGAAUGAGCUCGUCAUGCGCCAGUCAGUGGAGGCAGACAUCGCAGGCCUGAAGAGGAUGCUCGAUGAUCUGACCUUGUGCAGAUCCGACCUUGAAAUGCGGAUUGAGGGACUCAAGGAGGAGAUCAUCUUCCUCAAGAAGAAUCAUGAGGAGGAAAUGGCAGCCCUGAGGUCUCAAGUGGGUGGACAGGUUAAUGUGGAGGUGGACGCUAAACCUCAGGAGGACCUGAGCAAAAUUAUGGCUGAAAUCCGUGAGCAGUAUGAGAGCGCAACUGCCAAGAACCAGAGAGAACUUGAACAGUGGUUCAAUAGUAAAAUUGAAGAACUAAACAGAGAAGUAUCAACAAGCCAGGAAAUCUUAGUAACAUCCAAAUCAGAAAUCUCAGAACUCCGUCGCACACUUCAAGCCCUGGAGAUUGAGCUUCAGUCCCAACUCAGCAUGAAAGCGGCUUGUGAGUCAAGCUUAGCAGAAACAGAGUCGCGGUAUUCCAUGAAGCUCCAGGGUUUGCAGAUGCAGGUGGCGUCAAUCGAACAGCAGCUCACCGGGCUGCGUGCCGACAUAGAGCGACAGACCCACGAGUACAACAUGCUGCUCGACAUCAAGACCAGGCUGGAGAUGGAAAUCGCAGAGUACAGACGGCUGCUGGAUGGAGAAAACAUCUCCACUUCUGGUUCUACUUCAACUUCAUCAACCAGAACCAAGAUUCUUGUAAUCACAGAAAAAACUGUGGACGGCAAAGUGGUAUCUACAGAGGAAACUGUUCGUUAAAGCUGAACUCAGUUCUAACAGCACAUACAAAUGAAAAAUAAAGUUUUAGUGCUGACUCA